GUGGGGCCGCCGCCGCCGCUGCCGCCGCCGCCGCCGGAUCUCGCCGCCGACCAGCCGCAGUGGCUCGUCAACGAGGACUGGGCCCUGCUGCAGGCGAUCCAGCAGCUGCUGGAGCUGCCGCUGAACCUGGCCCUGGUGUCCCCGGCACACACCCCCAACUGGGAGCUGGUGAGCGACGUGGUGAACGUGGUGAGCCGUGUCUACCGCUCACCAAAACACUGCCGCUCACGCUACGAGGCCGUUGUGGUGCCUCGCGAGGAGGGCAAGCUGCUCUACGACUUCCACCCCAAGAAAAAGCAGAAGACCAAAGGCGUCUACAAGACGAAGAGUGGACAGCCACUGUGCACCAGCCAGAUCUUCGCGCAGGACGAGCACACGGCCCAGACGGAGCUCUUCUCGGCCAAGUUUGAGCUCGUGCGGAGCAGCACAGCCAAGCGCAGCGCGCCGCUCAAACCCCUGUUGGGGUCAAAUCCCUUCCAGAAGAAUCCCAAGCACGUGUCAGUGCUGUCGGAGAGCGGUAUCAGCUACGAGAAGCCGCUGUCGCCUGUCCAGGUGGCAGCGCUCAGAGCGGAGAGAAUCGCUAAGGAAAAGAAGGCUCUGGCUGAACAGCAGCAGAGGCAGCAGCAGCAGCAGCUGGUGUCAGCGGUGUCAGCGGUGUCAGCGGUGUCAGCGGUGUCAGCGGUGUCAGCGGUGUCUGGAGCUCACCACCACCCACUCACCUUGGGCACGCAGGUUGCCGUUGGCGUGGCGAAGCCUCCCCCGGCGGGGGCGGUUGGGGGGGUCCCUCCCGGCUCCACGCUGGGGGGGGGCCUGGGACACGCCGGGGCGGUCGUCUCCACGCUGGGGGGGGCCACGGGGACCUUCCAGGCCUUCGACAAGCGCGGAGCCAUCACCAUCUCCUCCUCAGCCUCAGCCUCCGUCUCCAUGGUGAUGCCCACCUCCUCCCGCCCCCCACCCACCCCUCCCCCCCCGGUCCUCGCUCUGCCCCUCCCCUCCUCCUCGUCGGGGGCGGGGGGGGAGGCGGUCGUCGUGGCGACGGCGGCGGCGGCGGCGACGCCCCUAGCAACGGGGGGCGUUGCCGGGGUGGCCCUCCCCCAGGGCCCGCGGGCGGUUGCCGCGGCGACGGCGGCGGGGCUCAUGGCCCCCACCCGCACGCUGCAGCUGUCUCCAGGCACGGUUCAACUGUCGACUGCCAAGGCCGUGGGACAGCUGUACCGACAGCAGCCUGGCAUAGCGCAACAUCAGCUGCAGCAGCAGCUGCAGCAGCAGCAGGCGGUUGCCGUGGCGACCCCCCAGCCCCCCCCCGCCGUCGUAGUGUCCCAGGUUGCCGCGGUGACGCAGGCCGGGCACAUCAAGAAGGUGGUGCGGCACCUCACACCGGAGCAGCUGAAGCACGUGCAGCUGGGUAAACAACUCAUCACCACCACCAUCACCACCACCACCACGGCCGCGGCCACGGCGCACAAACUGGGCACAGCCACACCGAGUGGGGGCACACGUGUGGUGCGAGCGCCUUCAGGAGCGGUGCCCCUGAAGCCGCCACUCUCCGUGGCCUCCCCCCUGGGCAUCUCCCUGGGCCAGCCGCCCAGAGCAGUAGGAGCAGCAGCAGCAGCAGCAGGAGGAAUAGCAGGAGGUGGUGGAGGUGGUGGUGGUGGUGCAACAGUGAUGAAGUCUCAGCAGGUGAACCUCCUGAAACCACAGCUGCUGAAGCAACAACAACAACAGCAACAACAACAGCAGCAGCUGCUGGCUGUUGCUGGUGGCGGUGGUGGUGGCGUUGGUGGUGGCACAGCGGCACACUUGCAGGCGGUGGCGCAGCUGCAGCUGCAGGCGGUGGGCAAGGGUGGAGCAGCAGCAGCAGCAGCAGCACGCACGGCGCACACCACCACACUCGCCACGCUCAAGGUGGCAGCAGCAGGCCAGCAGCUGGCUCUGGCUCCACACAAGGCGGUGGCAUUCACUGUCACCACCACCGCCACCACCACGCUGAGCCCCCCUGCCGGUGGUGGUGCCGGUGGUGGUGCCGGUGGUGGUGCCGGUGGUGGUGGCGGUGGUGGUGGUGGUGGUGGUGGUGCUGUGAGCCAGGGGGGGGGCUCCCUGAAGGGGGGCCCGCCGACCCCCACUGCUGGGGGGGGGGCGGUGACCGUGGGGGGCCCCCAGGCGCUGCCCACUCAGCUGCAGCUUGCACAGGUGUCCAAGUUGUCUCAGCAGGCUGCAAUGCUCCAGCUGGUGUCUGCAUCGACUCAGCACGGACAGACCCACACCAUCGCUCUCUCCCAGGGCUCCCAGCCUCUGAUCGUCUCGCACAGCCGCUCCAUACAGCAGCUCAACCAGCAGAUCCUGCACGUUCAGCAGCAGCAGCAGCUACAACAGCAGCAGCUGCAGCAGCAGCAGCAGCUACAACAGCAGCAGCAGCAACAGCAGCUGAUAGCCAGCCUGACUCCUCCGCAACAAAUCCAUACACCUCCAUUACAGCUGCAGCUGCAGCAGCAGCAGCAGCAGGCUGACUCAGAAGCUCGGGCUCAAGGGGUGACAGCUACAGCAGCUACAGCAGCUGCAGCUACACCUGCAGCUACAGCAGCUACACCUGCAGCAACAGCAGCAGCGGCGGCAGCAGCAGCAGCAGCACGCGUUCGUAACAACAGCAAGUCGUGACGAUGAUCACUCACUCGGAUCCUGCAUGUGCAGCUACAGCAGCUACAGCAGCUACACCUGCUACAGCAGCUACAGCUGCAGCUGCUACAACAGCUACAGCAGCUACAGCAGCUGCUACAGCAGCUACAGCUACAGCAGCUGUAACAGCUACAGCAA